AUGAAGCUUGCGACAGUUAUUCAGACUAUACAAGACAAAUACAUGGCCAAUAUCAGUGUUGGUAAGGCUUACUGGGCAAGGAGGAAGGCAAGAGAAGAGGUACAUGGGCGGGCAAUCCAACAGUAUGCUAAACUAAGGGAUUACUGUGCAGAGAUACUUAGGGCAAAUCCAGGAUCUAGUAUGACCAUAUUGGUUGAUAGGCCUUCUCUUACGCACCAGCCCCGAUUUAUGAAAAUGUACAUGUGCCUUGAUGCAGUCAAGAAAGGCUUCUUGGCGGGGUGUAGACCUAUUAUUGGCGUGGAUGGAUGUCACUUGAAGGGCGACCAUGGACAGCAGCUGCUAGUUGCUGUUGGCAGAGAUCCAAAUGACAAUUACUUUUCCAUUGCCGUAGCUGCGGUAGAGGCAGAGACUAAAGACAGUUGGGGGUGGUUCUUAGAGAUGCUGUUAAAUGACAUUGGUGAAUCAAGAAAAUGGAUUUUUAUGAGUGACCAACAAAAGGGGCUGAUGCAAAUCUUUCAAGAGGCAUUGCCAACACUGGAGCAUAGGCUUUGUCUGAGACAUUUAUAUGCCAACUGUAAGAAAGCAUAUGGGGGUGGUACUAUACUAAGGGACCUAAUUUUGUCUAUUGCCAAAGCUACCUAUGUGGAAGAAUGGGAAAGAAGGAUGAAUCAACUAGAGGAGCUCAACAGAGACUGUUAUGAGAAGUUGUUUGCUCUAGAUCCAAAAUUGUGGACAAAGAGUCACUUUACAUUUCUGGCCAAGAGUGACAUGCUGAUGAACAACAUCUCCGAGGCAUUCAAUGGAAGAAUCCUAGAGGCAAGAGACAAGCCAAUUCUGACAAUGUUUGAAUGGAUUAGGUGCUAUUUGAUGACAAGGUUUGCAGAGAAAAAGAAGAAGGCAGAGAGGUAUGAGGGUACACUUUUGCCAAAACCCAAGAAACGACUAGAUAUCAUCGCGGUUAGAGCUAUGGAGUGGCAAGCUAAAUGGGCAGGAGACCUGAAGUAUGAAGUCCACCAUAAGAACAGGAUGAUCAUGGAAAGGUUUAUGGUCGAUUUGAUGGCUGGAAGGUGUAGUUGUAGGUUCUGGGGUUUGUGUGGUAUGCCGUGUCCCCAUGCUUGCUGUGCUAUCUUUGAAAAGGGUGACAACCCGGAAGAUUAUUGUAGUAACUAUUACAGCAAGGCAGCAUACCUUGCUACAUAUGGGCAGUCAAUAUCACCAAUCAAUGGAGAAAAUUUGUGGCCAAAGAUACAAUGCGAUACCAUCAUCCCUCCAAUUUUCAGAGUUAAACCAGGAAGGCCAAGGAUGGUUAGGAUAAGGGAACCCGAUGAAAACAGAUCACAGACAAAGUAUAGAAAAUCUGGAACUUCUGUUACCUGCAGUAAUUGUGGCCAAUACGGACACAAUAAGAGACUCUGUCCAAACCCUAUAGUGACAGCUCCUGAAGGCACACAAGGAUCUGAUGCUACAACUGGAACUGGAGGAGUUGACUCUGCUGCUAAUGAACCUGCUACUGCUGAUGAAACAAAUGGAUCUGCAGCUGCUGCAACUGCUAGAUCUAGGAUGGUUAAAGGGAGAGGCAGAGGAAGAGCAGCAACAAGGAUGCCACCACACACCCCUGCACCCCCAUCCCAGCCACCACACACCCCUGUCCCACCCUCACAGCCUACAAACACCCAUGCACCACCAUCACAGCCUACCACCUUACCCACACCCGCAUCACUGCCCACCACUUUGCCUACACCUGCAUCACUGUCCACUGCACCAGCAUCUCAACCUUUGCCCAAGACCAAAAUCUUUGGUGUCAGAAGAAGUGGAAGACUGAAGAUUGGAGUUAGAAAGCCAACAAAUCAGCCGCCUGAACAUGUUGACCUUACCCUUGAUUGA